AUGUAUACCCGACCAUCCAAUGUACAGCCUUCUUUUUCUAGGAGCGGUUUACCCGCCGUUGCUGUUACGCUUUCGGAAUUGGCCUCCAGACUACAAAAUUGCUACCACUUGACAACUGCUGGGAAAUUCGCUGAUGCUAUCGAAAAACUUCGUAAAAUCCUUCUGUCUGUCCCUAUGCUAGUUGUGAAUUCGAAACAGGAAGUGGCUGAGGCUGAGCAAUUGAUCGAAAUUUGUAGGAAUUAUCUAGUUGGCCUUUUGAUGGAGUGUGCAAGAAAGGAGAUCCCAAAAACCUCUCCCGCCGAUUUAAAGAGGAAUGCGGAAAUGUUAGCGUACUUUACUCACUGUGAGCUGCAACCUAUCCACAGAAUUCUCACCCUAAGGACGGCUAUAAAUGCUUUCUUUAAGUUGAAACAAAUGCGGACAUGUGCAUCAAUGUGCAAACGUCUUCUAGAACUUGGCCCGAAACCUGAUGUUGCUGCUCAAAUUAGGAAAGUUUUAGCAGCGGCCGAACAGGACAAUAAAGACCCUAAUCAGAUUAUGGAUAGCUACGACACUUUGACGCAUCUUGUAUUUCAGCUAGCUUACGACGAACACAAUCCGUUUGUUGUUUGUUCGCGUAACUUCGUACCAUUAUAUCGUGGAAAACCUCAAUGCAAAUGUCCAUUUUGUGGAGCUUCAUUUACUGCUGGUUUAGAAGGAACGGUUUGCGAUGUAUGCGAGGUUUCAGAGAUUGGAAAAGAC